AGUGGGCAUGUAAGUAUCCUUCAGAAGUUUACUUUGCCAACCUAUAUUGUGGGAUAAACCUGCUAAUCCACGCCACCUUGGACGAUCCGCUGAGAAGAAGUAAAUUUCAUGACAUGAGCUGGUUGAGGAAGCCACAAUGAAAACCCACUACAUCACAACAUAGACUUGGUUCAUUAAUCUGGAGAGCCCGGGGACUGGAGGAGGGAGCUUGCGACAUCUGAGCCAGACCUGUGGCGGGCCGGCCUGCCCCCCAGCAGGCAGCUUGGCCCGAAUGCUGCUUAGUCAGGCUCCCAGGCAGAGCUGAGCUGCGGAUGUGCCCCGACCUGCCUCCACCAGGUGUCUGCGUCUGGGCUGGGAGGUGACGGCACAACUGUGACUUCUGCCUCCUGCUGUUUCCCAACAGUGUCCCCAGAGGAAUGUGGAGGACCCAGGCCAGGCCACCUCGGGAAGGCUGACAGAGCCGCAGUUCUCUGGCCGCGCUGCAAUGUCAAAAGACUUUGUCAGCGUGCGCCUGUGACCCUCACGCGGUCCUGCCCGCACCCCCAGGGCUGGCUCCGCCCCCGAACCAGAGUGGGCUCGGGUCUGAAGCAGCUUCCUCGCCUGGCUCCUGUAAUAUGCAGUUUCCAGCAUUCAUUCCCAAACCUCCAUGGCUAAAGGGGUCUGCGCCUUUCGGAGCCAGAACCUGGCACCCUCUGUCCACCUGACAGCAACUUGCUUUUCCCGAUCAUCUCACGUCUUCUCCCCCCACCUGAGAUCAAGGAUGGGUUUUGUUUCCCCCCGCCCAAGGACUGACACCAGCAGCAAGGCUAUCGGCUGCACUCUCGACUGUAGCUGCCAGAGUUUCAAGCCGGGGAAGAUCAACCACCGCCAGUGUGAGCAGUGCAGACACGGAUGGGUGGCCCACGCUCUAAGCAAGCUGAGGAUCCCUCCCGUGUAUCCCACAAGCCAGGUGGAGAUUGUCCAGUCCAAUGUGGUGUUUGACAUCAGCAGCCUCAUGCUGUACGGGACCCAGGCCAUCCCUGUUCGCCUGAAAAUCCUACUGGACCGGCUCUUCAGUGUGUUGAAGCAAGAUGAGGUUCUCCAGAUUCUCCAUGCCCUGGACUGGACCCUUCAGGAUUAUAUCCGUGGAUAUGUGCUACAGGAUGCGUCGGGAAAGGUGCUGGACCACUGGAGCAUCAUGACCAGCGAGGAGGAGGUAGCCACCUUGCAGCAGUUCCUUCGUUUUGGGGAGACCAAGUCCAUCGUGGAGCUCAUGGCAAUUCAGGAAAAAGAAGAGCGGUCCGUCAUCAUCCCGCCGUCCACGGCGAACGUGGACAUCAGGGCCUUCAUCGAGAGCUGCAGCCACAGGGGUGCCGGCGUCCCCGCUCCUGUGGACAAGGGGAACCCCAGCAACCUGCACCCCUUUGAGAACCUCAUCAACAACAUGACCUUCAUGCUGCCUUUCCAGUUCUUCAACCCUGUGCCUCCCACACUCGUAGGGUCCCUGCCCGAGCAGUUCGUGCUGGAGCAGGGUCAGGACCAAAGUCAGGACCCCAAGCAGGACAUCCACGGACCCUUCCCCGGCAGUGGCUUCGUGACCUCCAGCUCCACACCAUUUCAGGUGGAAAGAGAGCAGUGUCUAAACUGCCCGGAUCCGGUGACGAAAAAGGAAGACAACGCCCAUCUGAGCGACUCCAGCCCGUACAACAUCGUCACGAAGCUCGAAAGGACACAGCUGUCCCCCGAGGCCAAAGCGAAGCCCGAGAGGACCAGCCUGGGCGCGAAGAAGGGCCGGGUGUUCUGCACGGCCUGUGAGAAGACCUUCUACGACAAGGGCACGCUCAAGAUCCACUACAACGCCGUCCACCUGAAGAUCAAGCACAAGUGCACCAUCGAGGGCUGUAACAUGGUCUUCAGCUCCCUCAGGAGCCGGAACCGCCACAGCGCCAACCCCAACCCCCGGCUGCACAUGCCCAUGAACAGGAACAACAGGGACAAAGACCUGCGCAGCAGCCUGAACCUGGCCGCCUCGGACGGCUACGAACGCCCGGCCUUCACGGUGAGCUCUGCCGACUACAGGCCCCUGGCCAGCUUCGGUGCGGGGGAGGCUUCCGGGGGCCAGCCGGCCUUCCCCAGCCUCGGGCAAAACGGGGUGCUUUUCCCCAACCUAAAGACGGUCCAGCCGGUCCUGCCUUUCUACCGCAGCCCGGCCACUCCGGCCGAGCUGGCGAACACGCCCGGAGUGCUGCCUUCUCUGCCUCUCCUGUCCUCUUCCAUCCCGGAACAGCUGGUGUCGAACGAGGGGCCGCUUGACGCCCUUCCCAAGAAGAAAUCCCGGAAGUCCAGUAUGCCCAUCAAAAUCGAGAAGGAGACCGUGGGAAUCGCCAACGAGAAGAGGCAGGCGCUCAGCUCGGAUGAAGACGUGCCCCCGCGGGUGGCCCGCGGGGACGAGCCGGAGGCCUGCAGUCCUCAGUCGGACAGAGCCCCCGGGGACCAGGACACGCGGUCAGGAGGAGAGAGGGGCUGCCGCGGAGACUCGGGGAUGAAGGCCGGCGGAGCCGUCAGCAGAAGCCCCGAGCAGGCCCCGCAGCGCGUGGAGAGCGAGGCUAAGCAGGAGCCCGUGGUGCCGAGGGGGCCGGACGACGGCGGCCGUGAGCUUCACCUCACACCCGGGACGGAGCCCUGCGUGCCCUUCCCGGACUACAUCAGACUGCAGCAGCACCUGCUGGCCGGCGGGCUCUUGGGCGCUCUGUCCAGCAGAGGGAUGGCUUUUCCUUGUUUCGAAGGGUCUAAAGAGCCAGACGUCGCGGGUCAGCGUGCACUCGGCCGGCAGAAGGAAGAAAACCGCUUCCAGUGCGACGUCUGCAAGAAGACCUUUAAGAACGCCUGCGGCGUGAAAAUGCACCACAAGAACAUGCACGCCAGGGAAACCCACGUGUGCACAGUGGAGGGUUGUAACGCCGCCUUCCCCUCGCGCAGGAGCAGAGACAGACACAGUUCAAACCUAAGUCUCCACCAAAAAGUGUUGAGCCAAGAGGCACUGGAGAGCACCGAAGACCAUUUCCAUGCAGCCUACCUUCUGAAAGAUGUGGCUAAGGAGACCUAUCGGGAUGUGGCUUUCACCCAGCAGGCCCCCCAGACAUCUGUCAUCUUCAAGGGAACGAGUCGGAUGAGCAGUCUGGUUUACCCAAUAACCCAAGUCCACAGUGCCGGCCUGGAGAGCUACAGCUCUGGUCCGCCGAGCGAGGGCACCAUCUUGGAUUUGAGUACUACCUCGAGCAUGAAGUCUGAGAACAGCAGCCAUUCCUCUUGGGACUCAGACGGGGCGAGCGAGGAAGGCACCGUGCUCAUGGAGGACAGUGAUGAGGACUGUAACGGGCCGAGCCUUGUCCCCGGGGAAGAUGAGUACCCCAUCUGUGUCCUGAUGGAGAAGGCCGACCAGAGCCUUGCCAGCCUGCCUUCUGGGCUGCCCAUAACUUGUCACCUCUGCCAAAAGACGUACAGUAACAAAGGGACCUUCAGGGCUCACUACAAAACUGUGCAUCUCCGCCAGCUCCACAAAUGCAAAGUUCCGGGCUGCAACACCAUGUUCUCAUCUGUCCGCAGCCGGAACAGACACAGCCAGAAUCCCAACCUGCACAAGAGCCUGGCCGCCUCCCCGGGUCACCUGCAGUAACAAGACAGCGGAGCAGGUGUGCGAGGACACGUGUGCAGAUCAGAAUUCAGGAAUAAGGUCGUCCAAAGCAACGUCUCUGGUUUUGUUUAACACCACUUGGGGCAAGCCAGGCAAAAAGGCUUUGAGUUGACUUCACCGUCUUGCUACAGCAGAAUGCGCAAAAUACCAGCCUUGGAGGAAGUCAGCACUGGGGCCGCGCUAAGGCCCUGUUCUCUCUCGUGGCCCAAGAGGCUUUUCCCUGACCUGGCAAAAACUGGCAGAAACACCGUUUUCCCCACGUUUGUUUACACGUACCCUGGGAGGGCUCCAGGUCUGCAGGUUGGCAACAGGGGCCCAGGACCUGGGGGCAGCCUGAUGUCAGCCUCGCAUGAGUGUUAAGGGUCAGCUGAGUGUCCCGGGGAAGCAGACUGCCGCCACAGGUGAGGAGCCAGCCCCAAAGUGCGCAUUUUUCAGUUCCUGCUUUAACGAGUCUGCCAUCCAGACUCAGGUUUGGGGAAAAUGACUUUUUGAGACUAUGCCUCCGUUUGGAGUGGAGAAUUGCUUUUUUUUUUUUUUUUUUCUUUUUCCCUGCCCCCUUCAGGGGUCUCAUGGACCUCCAGUUCUUAGAGGAAGCAGAUUGGUUUCAACACAGAGGAAUGUGGAUGUCGUUCCCAAGGAUGUCCCUUCUUGCUGUGUUGUGUGCGUUCAGGAAGCUCGGGGGCGGGGGGUGGAUGUCAUGCACUUAAACAUCGCGGUCUUCAACUUAAUUUAAAGUAAUUUUGAUAAUAUUUAACUUGUGUUUGUUACGUGGGUAGUCGGGGUGAGUGCAGACACGUCACGGUGUGACCCCUGGGUCCCUGCUCCAGGGCAGAAGGAGUAUGUCGGCAGGAACUCCAAAGCCGCUGCCCGUGGUCUUGCGGUGAACCUCGGAGUCUGGUCCCUUCUGGUCCUCCGUGGAAGGAGUGCAGGCGUGACUGUGGCAGGACCCGUUGUAAAUACUCGGCCAGAGCGCUUAGAGAAUACGGUUCUGAUGGUUGUGGUGCAUUUUUGGUAUCACUGGGUCCCUCGGUCCUCACCCUUUUAUAAACGUGUAAGGUUAGGAUGAACUUUCCGAUUUACCCGGUAGGAGAAAAAUAGGGCGUUAACUGCCAUACUGUACGUCUUAAUAUUUAACUUAUUCUGAAAUGUGUUCCACACCCUUGUACACAUGUGCUGUUGUAGAAAGGAAGCUUAAUCAGUUCCUGUGAAAAGAGACCAUCUCUUGAAAUUUGACAUUCACGGUACUCGGCAAGCCCGUGGCAGGGAAAGAAAUUGACUUCGUAUUAAGACUUCAGGUUAACCGUCUUUUAAGCUUACCGUUGAUUUAAGUAAUGAGAAACAUCCUCAGAGAGACGCGGGGGUUACAAAAGAGAGAUUAUUCCUCCUGCACAAGGGUGAAAAAAAAAAAAAGCCAACGACCUGUUACGGAUUGUUUCAACAUUUUUAAAAAAUAAAUAUGACAACACUUGGUCUCUGCGUAAAGUGAAACGUUAUCUUUCCACCGUUUUGUUACCCAGCUGUUUAUUAUUCCAGUUUCCCCAAAGUGGAACCAAUUUGUAUACAAAUGAGUUUUCUAUGAUUUAAUAAAAAUAUAUGCCACAUGUUUUUGUUUAAAAAGGCAAA